AUGGUGAGUCACAAGUCGAAGGGCUCAAAGUCUCCCGUUCGAAAUGAGAUGAAAGUCAAGAGAAUUGUCUAUCAAAUGAGUAGAACACUUUACAAAACCGAUGCUGGAGAUGAUUUUCAGAAAGUGUAAGUUGGAGAAACCUCCAGUCAUAGCAGUGUAAUCAGAUAAUUUCAGAAUAGAGUCGAUGUCUAUGAAUGAAAGUGAUAAGAAGGCGGGGUUUGAGGGAUUCCUUAAGGUUCAGCAUAUAAUCAAAGAGUCUCUGAAAGAGCAAAUGCGGUUUGGAAGAUCCGAUGAGCCGCUGCUCUCUUUGUUAACGGCGGAGCAGACGAGAUGUGUAAAGCAUAUGAGUGUGUUUCAAUUUUUAUGAUUUUCCACAAAUGUUUAUUCGCUUCCUUUCAGUGAAAUUAUCGGAAUCCGAUACCCCAUCCACUUCCCGAUCGCAGCCAACGAUUGCUGAAGAUUAUGAUGGACCCGGGAGGCCUGGAGAGAAGAUUGUGGCCAGAAAAGUGAAGGUGGUCGAGGAUGGGGAUGCUCCAAACCAUCGGAUCCAGUUCAAUAUUCCUCGACUGGAUGUUCACAGUCUUCGAGAUGAAGAUCCGGAUGAUGACGUGGAAUAUGUGAGCAGCCGGCCAGGAAGGUCUUCGAGCAGACUACCUGCGGAGCCUCAAGUGCAAAUACCUCGUGUGACUCAGACCCAGACUCAGAGCCCGAUCUCAAUUCUCAAGAAAAUAAAGUCAAGACCAAGGCCAAUAGAGAAAAGUGAUGCUCAGAUCCAGACCGAUCAAGUUGAGCCGCUCGCACCGCCCGAAAAAGUCGAUGUAGGUCCUUUAACUUUUUAGAGAUUUUGAACAAAUUUUAACAUUUGCAGAUGGCAGACACAGGAACCAAUUGUCGGCUGUUGACGUCUCCGAAAUUCGAGGAUAAAGAGGAAGUGGGCAAAGAAGUCGUUCAAGACGAUCCACGGAUUUGCUCUCCGAUGAGCAUAGCCACGGAGAUCAGUGAAGGGGAAGUCACUGCGGCUUCUGGAAAGAACGUCGUCGUCGUCAGAAGCGAUGGAAGCAUCGUACAGCCUGAGCACUUUCAUGAAGACGUUUACUUUGGCGAUUCAGAAUCCGACAUCCUGAGAGCCACGUCAUCUAGUCCGCUUAGAGUUUUAGAAGUUGAUAUGUCGAUCUCCUCCACACAUUCUCAUUGA